AUGCAUAAGCUGGCGAACAACGACAGUGAUAUAAACUCCGACGACUGCAACGAAACGGCGCAGGAGUGCAUUUACGGGUUCAGCUCUCCGAAGAAGCAGAGGCGGGGGGGCGGCCAGGGGGGAGAAUUGGAUGGUGAAGGUGAUGCGGACUGCGCCGCUAAUUCCGACUGCGAUGAUGAUGCGGACGGUGCCGCUAACGUCGACUGCGGCGCGGAUGUCGAUUACAACAGCGGAUUGCGGCGCGGGGGCGAGGCGCCGAGGGAGGGGCCGGCCCAGAUGAGCAUCGCUGGGCUGCACAAGAAUGAGCAGGACUUCGAGCCGGGGGGGGCGAACGACGCAGAGGAGGAGACGAAUGAUGAGUACACGGGGGAGAGCGGCGAGGAGGAGUACUUAGCGGAGGAGGACGAUGCGGAGUACUUAGCGGAGGAGUGCUUAGCGGAGGAGUGCUUAGCGGAGAGGGGGUCUCUCAAACAUGGGGCAGUGCCGCACGAGGACGACGGGACGUCCAACGCGUCUGACACUUCGCCCAAUUCGCGCACCUCUCACCGGUCGAGCGAGCCCGGGGAUGACCUCUUCGACGAGGAGCUGAACGAAAUGAUCGACCAGGAGUACUUCCGGGAGCUGAUCCCCGCCAUCCCCCACGACACGCUGCAGGCAUACAUCACCUGUCUGAAGAUGUUCGGGUUCGAAAGGGAAGUGCAGCUGCACCGGUUGGUGAAUCUGCUUGGAGAUUUGAGGGACCCCAUUUCGGUGAUUCAGGUUUUAGGCCUACCGGGCAUGGGAAAAACAAAAGUAGUGAAAAGCUUCGUCAAGCUAAAGAACGUGCCCUUCGCGUAUGUUAACUGCCUAAUGGCUCUCUACCAAUCUGGCAAAUCCGCAAAGAAUGUCAUCUACCAUACCAUCCUGAAGGACCUCAGCAUAAAUCUCUUGCACGAAUUUGAAGAAUACAAAAAGUCAAACUGCUUUACAAAUUACUCGCACGACCCGACCAAGUUAGUUCCCAACCAUGUGUCAAACACGGAUGUGUUUUUUAAUGUUCUUCAUAAGCUGUUGUCCUUUCGGCCCGAGGACGGCACGGGGGGAGAAGCAUCUCCAGGGAAGAAGCGGCGCUAUGGGGGGAAGCAACCAAAACAGGGUAACGGCGGCGGUGGCGAUGGCAACGCACCGGAGGCAUCUCCCAAAGGGGUGACGCCCCCGAAUCAGCACCUCCACAAAGACCAGCUGUACGACCGAUCAGUGGUGUUCAUCCUAGAUAACGUGCGGUACCUAGUGAGGACCCACCCGGAUUUAUUCUACGCGUUGACGAGAAUCCACGAGUAUAUUAGAGGGCCAUAUAACGACUUGACGAAGGCGAAUAAGACGACGAGAGGUCUAUGCGUCAUCCUAAUCAAUCGAUCCCCAUUGCCAGAUGAAAUUUUUGAUGGGCUACCCCAACCCCCAACGGUGUGGUUUGACUCGUAUACAGCAGACAUGUGCAAAAAUAUUCUAUACCGCUUAUACAACACCAUGUGCUUUGAAUCGCUCCUCACAUAUAACGAUAAGGAGGUGCAGAUCUACUGCGAGAAGGAAAACAAAACGGAGUUCCUAAUCAAAAGGAACGGCGUCAUACUAGAUAAUGAAGUGAUUUGCGACAUCUGGUGCAGAUAUGUAGAUUACAUAAUUAAUGUAUCUUAUAAGGACUAUAAGAGCGAUUUCCACGAGUUGCUUUUUAUAUGUGGCCACAUGUGGCCUCUCUUUAUUAAACCCAUUCUAGAUGGCACCUUAGAACCCAUCGUAGAAAAUAUGAAUGCUCUACAAAGGAACAUUGAUACGCAUAUCCGAGUGGCUACCUACAACCAUGCUAGCCAUUUUACAUUCGAACUAAUUGAUUCCGUUUUUUUGAACGAAAAUAAUUUGAAGAACAAAAUUGACUUAUCAUUCUAUUCUAGAGUCCUUCUUGUCGGGGCGUAUCUUGCAUCCAGAAAUGUGCCCCUAACGGAUAAACGCUUCUUCAAUGCCACUGUAAAGGGGGGUGCCUUUACCCUACCCAAGAAGAGAAAGGGCAGGAGCAAAAACGAAUCCAUUUUAACCUUAAUCAGUCAGGCGAUUCCCAAAAAUUUUACCUUCAUUCGAUGGAUAUGCUUGACGGAUUGCCUCCUCGUGUGCUUCUUCAAUGAGAAGUUAACACUUAACAGUCUUAUAUGCCACCAAAUAAACACCCUCAUUCAGCUCGGCUUCAUCAGCUUCUGCUCAGCAAACAAUAUGUCUUGUUUGGUUCGGAACAGCUUGAUGAAUGGCGUGCAGUGGAGUGGCUACUGCGGCAGUGCCCUGCUGAACUCCACGAACAACUUCUCCUCCCUCGGCAAUAAUAUCUUUUCCGAGGGGGCCAAUUCGGCUUCCUACGAGUCGCUCGACCCCUACACCAAGCUGGUCAUCCAGGUGCCCGAGGAGACCAUCCGCGGCAUCGCCCGGGACCUGAAGAUACCCCUCGACGAGUUGAUUCUCUGA